GCCAGGUGGUGGCUGCGGCGGCGGGAGGACGGUUCUCAGCAGGUGGGGGAGAGGAGGACCGACCCUUCUGUGGCCUCAGAGCCCCGUUUCUUCCUGGAGCUCCAGGUCAUCAGAGCCAGACUUUGGACGUGCUUCAUCCCGUGCUCACCAGGGUGUCCAACAGGGCAGACUCUGGGGGGAACACGGAAAUGGCAUUAAAUAACAGUGAAUCACACGAAACACUGAUGGAUUCAACCACAGCGACGGCGGAGCUGGGCUGGAUUGUGCAUCCUCCAUCGGGGUGGGAAGAGGUGAGUGGCUACGAUGAGAACAUGAACACCAUCCGCACGUACCAGGUAUGCAAUGUGUUUGAGUCGAGCCAGAACAACUGGCUACGGACCAAGUUCAUCCGGCGCCGGGGCGCCCAUCGCAUCCACGUGGAGAUGAAGUUCUCCGUGCGUGACUGCAGUAGCAUCCCCAGCGUGCCCGGCUCCUGCAAGGAGACCUUCAACCUCUACUACUACGAGGCCGACUUUGACUCGGCCACCAAGACCUUCCCCACCUGGAUGGAGAACCCGUGGGUGAAGGUGGACACCAUUGCUGCCGACGAGAGCUUCUCCCAGGUGGACCUGGGCGGCCGGGUCAUGAAGAUCAACACCGAGGUGCGGAGUUUCGGGCCCGUGUCCCGCAGCGGCUUCUAUCUGGCCUUCCAGGACUACGGCGGCUGCAUGUCCCUCAUUGCCGUGCGCGUCUUCUACCGGAAGUGCCCCCGCAUCAUCCAGAAUGGCGCCGUCUUCCAGGAGACGCUGUCGGGGGCGGAGAGCACGUCGCUGGUGGCCGCCCGGGGCAGCUGCAUCGCCAACGCAGAGGAGGUGGAUGUGCCCAUCAAGCUCUACUGCAACGGGGAUGGCGAGUGGCUAGUGCCCAUCGGGCGCUGCAUGUGCAAGGCGGGCUUCGAGGCCGUGGAGAAUGGCACGGUCUGCCGAGGUUGCCCAUCUGGAACCUUCAAGGCCAACCAAGGGGACGAGGCCUGUACCCACUGCCCCAUCAACAGCCGGACCACUUCAGAAGGGGCCACCAACUGCGUCUGCCGCAACGGCUACUACAGAGCAGACCUGGACCCCGUGGACAUGCCCUGCACAACGAUCCCUUCCGCGCCCCAGGCCGUGAUCUCCAGUGUCAACGAGACCUCACUCAUGCUCGAGUGGACCCCGCCCCGGGACUCAGGAGGCCGCGAGGACCUCGUCUACAACAUCAUCUGCAAGAGCUGCGGCUCGGGCCGGGGCGCCUGCACCCGCUGCGGGGACAACGUGCAGUACGCCCCCCGCCAGCUGGGUCUCACCGAGCCUCGCAUUUACAUCAGCGACCUGCUGGCCCACACCCAGUACACCUUCGAGAUCCAGGCUGUGAACGGCGUCACGGACCAGAGCCCCUUCUCACCGCAGUUUGCCUCCGUGAACAUCACCACCAACCAGGCAGCUCCUUCGGCCGUGUCCAUCAUGCACCAGGUGAGCCGCACCGUGGACAGCAUCACCCUCUCGUGGUCCCAGCCCGACCAGCCCAAUGGCGUCAUCCUGGAUUAUGAGCUGCAGUACUAUGAGAAGGAGCUGAGUGAGUACAACGCCACAGCCAUAAAAAGCCCCACCAACACGGUCACUGUGCAGGGCCUCAAAGCCGGCGCCAUCUAUGUCUUCCAGGUGCGGGCACGCACCGUGGCAGGCUACGGGCGCUACAGUGGCAAGAUGUAUUUCCAGACCAUGACCGAAGCCGAGUACCAGACAAGCAUCCAGGAGAAGCUGCCACUCAUCAUUGGCUCCUCGGCGGCCGGCCUGGUCUUCCUCAUCGCCGUGGUUGUCAUCGCCAUCGUGUGUAACAGAAGACGGGGGUUUGAACGUGCUGACUCGGAGUACACAGAUAAGCUGCAACACUACACCAGCGGCCACAUGACCCCAGGCAUGAAGAUCUAUAUCGACCCCUUCACCUACGAAGACCCCAAUGAGGCAGUGCGGGAGUUUGCCAAGGAAAUUGACAUCUCCUGUGUCAAAAUUGAGCAGGUGAUCGGAGCAGGGGAGUUUGGUGAGGUAUGCAGCGGCCACCUGAAGCUGCCGGGCAAGAGAGAGAUCUUCGUGGCCAUCAAGACCCUCAAGUCGGGCUAUACCGAGAAGCAGCGCCGGGACUUUCUGAGCGAGGCCUCCAUCAUGGGCCAGUUCGACCAUCCCAACGUCAUCCACCUGGAGGGCGUGGUCACCAAAAGCACACCUGUGAUGAUCAUCACUGAGUUCAUGGAAAACGGCUCCCUGGACUCCUUCCUCCGGCAAAAUGACGGGCAGUUCACAGUCAUCCAGCUGGUGGGCAUGCUGCGGGGCAUCGCGGCUGGCAUGAAGUACCUGGCCGACAUGAACUACGUCCACCGCGACCUGGCCGCCCGCAACAUCCUUGUUAACAGCAACCUGGUCUGCAAGGUGUCUGACUUCGGGCUCUCACGCUUUCUGGAGGACGAUACCUCAGAUCCCACGUACACCAGCGCCCUGGGUGGGAAGAUCCCCAUCCGCUGGACAGCCCCAGAGGCCAUCCAGUACCGGAAGUUCACCUCGGCCAGUGACGUCUGGAGCUACGGCAUCGUCAUGUGGGAGGUGAUGUCCUACGGUGAACGGCCCUACUGGGACAUGACCAACCAAGACGUAAUCAACGCCAUAGAACAGGACUACCGGCUACCACCGCCCAUGGACUGCCCGAGCGCGCUGCACCAGCUCAUGCUGGACUGCUGGCAGAAGGACCGCAACCACCGGCCCAAGUUCGGCCAGAUCGUCAACACGCUGGACAAGAUGAUCCGCAACCCCAACAGCCUCAAAGCCAUGGCGCCGCUCUCUUCCGGAAUCAACCUGCCAUUGCUGGACCGCACGAUCCCUGACUACACCAGCUUUAACACGGUGGACGAGUGGCUGGAGGCCAUCAAGAUGGGGCAGUACAAGGAGAGCUUCGCCAAUGCCGGCUUCACCUCCUUCGAUGUCGUGUCACAGAUGAUGAUGGAGGACAUUCUCCGGGUUGGGGUCACCCUGGCUGGUCACCAGAAAAAAAUCCUCAACAGUAUCCAGGUGAUGCGGGCACAGAUGAACCAGAUCCAGUCGGUGGAGGUUUGACGUUCACCUGCCUCGGCUCACCGCUUCCUCCAGUCCCCGCCCCCUCCGCGCCCCCAAGCCGGCCCCCGGUUCUCGGUCCACCGCAGGGUCAGCAGCCACCUGCCAGGAGGCCACCGGCGACAGGAAGAACCAAGCAGCGCUCCAGCCAGGAGACGUCACCAAGAAUAUGUGCAACUCACAUGAUGGAAAAAAAGGGAAUGGGAACAGAAGAAAAUAGAUCCUGGGAGGGGGCGGGAAAUACCGAGGAAUAUUUUUUAAAGAGGAUUCUCAUAAGGAAAGCGAUCAUCGUUCUUGGAGGAAAAAAAAAGAAAAAAAAAAAAAAGGGCUUGGGAGAUCCAUGCAGUUUGUCCCAUCGGAGAUCAAAAGCAGUUUCUCUCCAACUCCCUCUGGGAAGGUGACCUGGCGGGCGCCAAGAAACACGUUCAGGAAAACAAAUGUGAAGGGGAGAGACAGGGGCCGCCCUUCUCUCCUGUCCCUAGCGCUGCUCUUCCAGGUCUCGCUCAACAGCCACGUGCCAAGCGGAUGGACAGGCGGACAGGCAGCCACCCCUGGAACCAGCCUGGGAACAUCCAAUCCCGCUGCUACCGGGCGCUCAGAAUUUUUCUGUCUUUGGAGAAUAUUUUAGAAACUCCAAUGAAAGAGACUUGUUUCCCCUGUCAGCUCCCGGGGCUGCGAAGGGACUUCUGUCCCCCUGGGUCAGGGAGAACAUGGGGACACCUGAAAGGUCAGCCUUCCUGAGGCUGGGCACAGCACCCGCCACUGCCUCGAUCUGAAGCUCCACGCCCAGAUCACGGGCGCGGCGCAGCAGCCCCGGCCCAGUGGGGCACCCACUCCCACCAGCCCCCAUCCAGAGGACUAGCUACGACUGCCACCAAGGACUGCUCCUGCAUCUGGGUUUGUUUACAGCAAUUCGUGGACUCGGGGGUAUUUUUGGUCAGGGGUGGAUUUGGUUUGGGUGGGUGGGGGGGGGGGCGGGACUUGUUGGUUGUUUUUUUUUUUUUUUUUAUGACAAUGAAGUGACACUUUGACAUUUCCUACCUUUUGAGGACUUGAUCCUUCUCCAGGAAGAAGGUGCUUUCUGCUUACUGACUUAGGCAAUACACCAAGGGCGAGAUUUUAUAUGCACAUUUCUGGAUUUUUUAUAUGGUUUUCAUUGACAUCCUUCCCUCCUCCCCACCCCUCCCCCACCCCGCAGAGAGUUUCCCACCUGCUGCCAGGCCUCACCAAAGCCAACUGCCUAGGGGCCAUCUGGGCUGUUCAGAGACUGAGGUUUGGGCGGAGGGUAGGGGGCCAAGGUGGAGGACCAAUCCCACCCCAGGACUGUCUCUGAGAGCAAGAGAUUGGGAAGGGAGAGGAGGCCGCGGGGUCAGAAGUCUCUGCCUGCAUCUCGGCGCUCCUUCUGGCCCAGACUAUCCAGUACUUGGCAGGUAAAUCGGCCCCUCCGAGGUUCCCGAGUGCCCUCAGAUGGCCAGAACCCACUUUUGUCUCUGGAAAGCCUCAAUCGGGCUGCACCAGAGGCCAGGACCCAGAUCGUUCACUGUGAUACCCCAGCCCUCGAGCAGGUCACCCUCAGACCAGGCUCCUCUCCGCUGGUGGGACAACCCGUGAUUCUCUUCCCACACCCUACCCUCCACUGGACCCUUGCCCAGGCCUGAAGGCCUUGGCUGGGAGAAAACCCAUCCGUCAAGGGGUCUGGCCACAGACUCUCUGCUGUGAGCAAAUGCAGGUACCUGAGCGGAACAAUCGGUUAGUGGAUUGAAUGGAAAUAAAGGCUUUAGUUAGAAAAUGACCCCUGUUCUCUGUAAGCAACGAGAGAUCCUGGCACCCUUGGGACACGUCAAGUGACCCAUGAUGCUUUUCUAAGGGACUGUUCCUUCCUCCGGGUUCAAGAAGGCCCGGGGCUGAGAAGACGCAUGAGGAUGCCAGUGGCCCACGUGGCCUUCUCUGGCUUGUCAAAAGCACAGGCGAUGAAAGUUGAGUUGGAAGCGGCUCAGAACUUGGGAGUCUGAUGUCCUAUGAAUCAGUGAGCCGCUGCAGGAUACAUCAGGAGCAGGGAGUUUGACCACCGUGCCCUCGGCAUUUCUGGGCCGGAGGAAGGGGGCCCAGGGAAUUGAGUGAGCUGUGAUGACAGCGUGAGGGUCCUGAAGGACCCGUGGACCCCUAGUCAGAGCCACACCUAUUAUCAUCUUAUGCUGGUCAACUCGGACAGCCUCUGAGCAGACGGGCUUCUACUCACAAUCAGAAUUCUGACUGUGCGAGGAGGCAGCUGGGGAGGGGAAAGCAAGGACACCGCAUCUCAGGACCAUUCCCUUUGUCCAGGAGACUGACCAGCUGAGACUGACUCAGGCCGCAGGUGGUCAACCAAACGCCCCUGGGGUUGAGCAAGCAUCCAGCACGGACCGGCCUGUCGUCUGUCACUCACCUGUUCUCAGAGCCCAAGACGCAAGGGGAAGGAAGGGAUUUAGAGGGGAGCACGGACCCCCAGGGGGAACAGCAGAGUGAGCCACAGGGAAGGCGUUGGCUGGCUUCCCACGAACCGGCCAGCCUUGGCCCAGCCAGCUGCCCUCUGUGCCCCAAAGAUGUCCAGCACGGGUGGCAGCUGUCCCAGAACACAAGGUCACCUUCUGGAGGGAGCUGCCCCGAUGCUCUUUAGAUUAACUCCUGUCUUUCCAGCCCGCCCCCACCCCCACCCCCAGCCCCGCUGCUGGGGGCCCCACAGGGGGCUGGCAUUCAGUGCUUCCUGUCAGAUGGCUUCCUGUCCUAAGCCGCUAGGCUGGUGUCUGCUAGCCAGCUCAUCUGCCCAUCCACCCUUCAGGGCCAGAGUCCUCGGGUCCAUGUGCCUGCUUCUCAAGAGCGAGGGUGCUACCCAGACCCUCUGUCCCCACUUCAGGGUAACAGACGGACGCCUCCGCGACUGUCCCGGGUGCAGGCAGAUGCUUACCUCUCCCCGCGACUGGGGCAGCUUGCCCACCACCUCUAGCUUGCUUCUCAGUGGGGAGGGUGGGCCACGCUGCCAAGCGCCUUCCACAACGCUGCCCGCUCACCCAGACACACCGCCCGGAGCCACCCGCUGCCUGGUUACUAAUCCUUGCCUGGCUCAGCCUCCUAAGUGCCAGCCCCCACCUGCCCAGAAGUGGGAGAGGCGUUUCCGGCUGCCCUGCAUGCAGUUGGUACAUGAGGAAAGCAAGCUGCCUUGUAAACAGGGGCAGGGGCACCGUGGAAAUGGGGACCAGCUGCUCUAAGAGGGUGUGACCAGCAGAUCUGCACAGGGCCAGGCAGGAUAAUAGAGCAAUUGUGCCAUCACCCCCACUCCUAACUGCCCUGGAAGUCCCCCACCCCCAGAUGAGUUACUGUUGAUGAUCAGCAGGUCUCCUCCUGGGGGAUGAUAUUCCAAAUAUCAAUAAACUGGUUUAAGAUGUGGACAGACCGAUCAGAAGAGAUGACAGCCUCAGGGCGCGACCCAAAGGCCCCAGAGGAGGGGCUGGGGUAGCGCCCGGGGAGAUACUUAGGGUCUCGGGGCAGGGGCUAUUUACUGCAGCCCGUGGUGCCUCCUGCCCAGAUGGCAUCAGUGUGAAUUUCCCCAUCGUUUCUGGCCGGUCCCUCUCGGGGAGCCCUGUGCCGCCCUCUUGUGUGCAGUCACUAGUUUGACAGCCCUCUCACAUCAGGGGCUCAUCUCCAGAAUCCUCAUCCCCCCAGACCACUGCCCACCCCGGUGCUGGGCCCUCAGCCGCGCCUGGCUCCCCGCUGCAUCCCUUAAGUCCCCAGUGGCACCAAAGGCUGGAAGACUUGUCAGAGGACAUAAUGUACAUGCAUUCGAAGGUCAGGAUGAGGCAUGAUGCUGGUGAAGAUGCACGCUGCCGCCUGAGUGGCAGCUCUGUCUCUGUCAUUAAGACACGGAUCUGGGCAAGCCGGUGCCCCUCCUGAGUCUCAGGCUCUCGUUUGUAAAACAAGAGGCCUGGAAUGCGUGUGCCAAGGGUGCAAAACGCUUUACACACCCCAGUCCAGUGAGGAGGGGCUAUUUCCUUCCAUAAACGGGGAUGGACUGGGAGAGAAUGGGCUGAGAGAGAGGAAGUAACUUGCUCAGGAAGGGGCAGACCAGGCUGUGCCUACCUGCUUCUAAUACCCACCCUACCACGCUCAGUUAAGACAGCAUGAAGCACCUGGCAGUCUGAACGCUGGUUGGUAAGAGAAGGGAAAGGUCAAAGGGGCUGGAGUGGUCAGGGAGGGCUUCGUGUAGGAGGCUGUCUUGACGGUCACUCCAAGUGGGAGGCACAGUGUACCCAAAGAUGCAAAGGCCAUACUGGUUAACAGUGAGGAGUCGUGUCUGGAUGGGCCAGAGCAGUGCUGGAAGGUGGGGGGCUGGUUAGGGAAGGUUGAGGCCGCUUGGACAGGAGGGACAGUCCAGCCACAGCAGGUUCUUGAGCAGAAGAGUAGCAGCAUGAGCAUCAGGUUCUAGAAGGAGUAGUUGGUUCAGCCAUUAGAUGGGAGCAGGCUGCUUCACAGCUCCCCCUCCACUCCCCUGGGGGACAAGAGCCCCCUGGAGAAGCCCUCAUUUAUUCCUAGAGAAUCCAGGCCCCGCCGGUUCCCUUCCCAUCCUCGUUCACUGAUGCAGAAAAUCCAAAGAGUCGUUCCAGCUGCUUGAGACAGCAGGAUUGGAUUCUGUGCUACCUGAUUUUUAAUUCAGCUGCAUCCAGCUGAGAGGCCCACGCCACCUCCAGGGCAGCCACUGAGAGAGCCGCCACUCACGGCCAGAGCUGAGUGUAUGCAGGAGGUAGUAAGGGCACUGGAAGGCAGGCAGGUGGGUGGGCAUUCCCCCGGGGGGGAUGGAGCGAAGUGAUGGAAGUGGACAGGGUUGGGGGGUGGGUAAGUGGCAUGCAAACUGCUCAGGAAGCCCAUCUCUGCACCCCAGCCCCCUCACCCUGGCCCUGGAAGAGAUGACCCAGACACACUGUUGGAAGGGGGUGGGGGUCCUGCCCUUAUCAAUAGUGUGUUAUGCUGGGGAACCCAGGGGCGGGUUAGGGGAGCCAUGCCACCCACGCGCCUCCACCCGCCAGCCUUGACCCCGGGUCCCAUGAAAUGGCUCCUGCCAUAAAAAGCACCAACUGUGCCCUCGAAGCUGGCUGCGCUCCCCUUCAAGGAAACCAAAGGAAGUGACUCGGCCUUUGUUCUGACACUGCAGGGCUCAGGGGACAGCCCAUAGGAGGCUAGCCUCAGGAGGCUGACGCCACAGCGACUGAUCGCUAAAUGCUCCCCCUGGGCCAGGCCCGUGGGUGGGACCCUACGGGUGUUACACCCCCCAAGCAACAAGGGAGGAACUGGAGUCUCAGAGAUGAUUCCCACAGGAGUCCAGCCUGGCUGUCUGCCUGCUCCUCCCUGACCUCCUAAAUCACAACAGCCAAGGUUGGGCUCAGGAGCCUAUGUUUUUAACAAGCUCCUCCGGGAGAUUGCUCCAGACACGGAAACCCUCUCUUCACUUCCCCCAUGGUGAACUGUGCCCUGAUGUCUACAGAGAGAGGGUCUGGCGUAGACAGGGAUUAGGAAAAAAGCAGGACAUCGGCAGAUAAGAUGCCCAAACUCAGACAGGGAUUAGGACCCCUGAGGUGGGGGCAGGGCUGGUCCUCAGGAAUGUAUUCUGAGCUAAGCUUUCAGGAAAAUUAGAAAGACCGCACCCCCCCCCAACCCCCCCACCCCAACCCCAGACCCCGAGUCUGUCUGAGUUUAGCUCCACAGCAUGAAGGCUGCUUCAGGAAAGCUGAUAUAGCAAAGCAGCAGCAGGAACUUAAUACUUCAGAGGGGCCCAAGAGCCCACCCAGGGCCACCCCAUGCAGACCGCACAGACCUGGAAGCUAUGAUCCAGGCCUGGUCACUCAACACCUGGCCAGGUGGGCCAGGCAAAUGCAGGGUGGAGCUUCCAGCUGGACCUGGGGCUUCCUAUAACUCCCCUCCACCAGCCCUUGCUCCCCAGACUAGGGCUUUCCCUGGAGGAAAACGAGGGAGUGAAGGUUCUUGUCUCUACUCCUGGUCUAACGCCCCCGGCUGGAGGAGGGGAAGGAGACACAAGGGAGGUAGGAGGUCAGAGCCAGGACCACAUACAUUCUGGGGACCCUGCUGACCCUGCAAGAGUUCCCUGGGCAAAAGAUGCCAAGAUUCUAGGGUUGCAGAACCUCAAAAUUCUAAGAUUCCAACAGAAGGAUUCCAUGUUUUUUAAGAUUCCACCAUCAUGCAUCUUCAAGUCCCACUGUCCAUCCCUGCUCCCCACCCCUGAGGGUCCCGGCAAUGAGAAAGCACAAAAAUAGACAGACAGACAGAGAUGGCGAGACAGCUAAAAACAACACGAGCACCACCACCAUCCUUCGAACCUGAGUCGUUCUGAGUGGGAUGCUGAGUUUCUCCCCCUGGUAGAGGGGUAGAAUUGCCCACCCCUGGCCCUCCUGGCGGCGAGGGGGCUGACUUCCCCAGGCUGCAGCAAAGCCCCAAGCAGGCCACAGGGCCCAGGGGCUGGGGGGCUGGAGAGCUCAGGUUAGGAGGCUGGUAGGGGCCCUAGGCACUCUGUUCAGGGAGGGACUCCUCUGGGGUGGACACUCUCCUGCUGGAGAGAGUAAGCUGCUGGCCAGGGAUGCACUGAAGGAUCCUCCCCAAGCUCGCCGCCUCCCUGUUCAGAGCAAGAGUCUUAACCCCAAGCAACCAGAGAGGCAGGUCCUGCUGCAAACCCUGGAGUCAGGGGACUUCCCUCCGACACUCAGGAUGCAAUUUCCAUGGCCAUGCAGCCCCGGCCCCCUCACAUCCCAGUUGAGACCGCUGAGCCUAUGGAAUCUGGGAGACCAGCUGGAAGAGGUAUCUCUGGAUUGCUCGGAGCUCGGUCAUCGGUCUGGCUGCUUUCCCCUCGGUGGACAGGGACUUGGGCGAGCAGGGGGCACGAAGCUGAGCCCCUGAGGCUGGCCCGGAGAAGCAUGGGCAGGGACACUCACAGCCAGCCUCUCUGGAGCCCAGGAAAGAGCGAUUCCUGGUUGGCCAUGCCCAGCCCCCAACGCUCAUCAUCGCUGCUAUUUCUUGAGUGCCAACAAUGUGCCGGGUGCCGCGCUUCACUUUUUAUACCCAGUGUCUUGCUUAACCCUCGUGCAGCUCUGUGAGACGGGGCCAAUCCCUCCACAGGCUAGGGAACUCAAGAGACCGGCCUUCCCAGGUUGGCCGGUGGUCUCUGACCCAGCGCCUGCCCUCGCAGUCACUAUGCUAAGCUGCUGCCUGUGGUUCCCACUCAGCCCCUGUCCACUGUCAGAACCUGUACCAAUCAAACCCAGAUCCCUGAGGGGCACCCUGUCUGCAGGCACUUGGACGCCUCCCCCGACCCUGACCUCCUGGAAAUGCUGUCUGAGCCACAGGCGGUGGGGACGGGCCCUUGGACUGCCCCCCUGGACUUUCACUCUUACCUUUGGCCACAAAGGCCAGAGCUCCCAGCAGGGGCCCCUGGAGUCUGGUGUGGUCUCACGCAACCUGUUUCUUCUGGUCAAGAACAUGGGUUUUCCCAACAAUGCUGGGGAGUCAGGGAGGGACGCAGCUGGGGUUCUGAUGGUUGUGGGUCAGACCUGGCUCCCUGAACAGCACCCCCACCCCAUCAUGACCGAGGAAAUCUCACCAGCUGUGUCCGUGAGCUACCCUGACCCUGUUUCUCCAAUGCCUUUGUAGGAGUAUUUUUAGCAGAUCCUUUUUUUUCCCAAAAUAAAUGUGAAUUGCAAAAAUUA